CUCUCUCUCUCUCUCUCUCUCUCUCUCUCUCUCUCUCAUGGUCUAUCUAUUCCCUUCAUUCACGCCGAUAAAAAUUGCACAAUCAGGCUUUUCUGCUCCAUUCUAUUGAAACAAAGCAACAGCCAUUUCACUUUCCUCUGGCUAGCCUCUUCAUUCAAUUCCAUCGCCAUCUUCAUUUCAUUCCUUUUUUCCUUUCUAUUUCUCAUAAUCUGAUCAUACACCCACAGAGAAAAAUGCCUGAAUUCUUUCCGCCAGGAGGCCCCAAGCCUCAGCUCUCAAGUACGCAUCUGGUUAUCUCUAACUGCUUACAACUCUCUUUUUUCUUCCUUUCCCACCCUCUGUACUUCUCUUACCUCAUCUUCUUCUCUCCUUACCUUCUCAAGCUCUUCUCAUAUCUCUCCCCUCUCUUCAUCACCACUUCUCUCCUCCUCCUCGCUCUCCUCACCAUCUCCCCCGGCCUUUUUCUUCCCGAAACAAAAGCAGUAGGCAGUCCCCUUCAUGCUGCCAAUCAGAAAGAAUCCGGAGAAGACCAUGAAAAUGUUGAAUUCCCAGCCCAUUCCUUUGAAGAGCUUGAAGUGUACAGACUUCUGUUUGAGGCAUCUGUCUUCGAAGUCCCGCCAGAAGCUUUCGAGUCGAACUCGGAAGAAAAUUCUUCUUCGUCUCGUCAUGGAGGUACCGAUGGAGCCUUUGCCAGCACCCUAGAAGGAAAAUCACAGCGAGAAACUAACCGAGUGGCUGCUGCGCCGGGAAUUACACUAGAAGGGCUACUGCAGGUAAAGGACGUGUAUGAGGACGUCACUGGAAAAGUGGAAGGCAAGGAAAGAGUUGAGCCCACAGGCGCAGAGACCAAUAAAGUUGAAGAAAAAACAAAGGAGAAGCCAUUGAUAAGAAGUGGAUCCAAUGCACUGCACAGUCAAAUUACCGAGAUAAUGGCCAAAGUUAAUGCCGACAAUGGCGGGGAAUACACUCCCAAAGUCGUGGAGGAUUUUGUUGGGAUUAAUCUCGGUAAUGAUGAACAGUCAGAUGACAUGGAAAAUUCGCACAAAUUAUGUCCAGAUCUCGAGAGUUUUCGAUCCAUGAGGACCCAAAGCCUUGGUCACCAAGAGUACUACACUCCAAAAGCGGAGUACUCUGAGAAACAAUGUCUUAUUCUUGGGAGUCUCGGGUCGACGAGGAAGGAGAAAGAGUGGAAGAGGACAUUGGCAUGCAAGCUUUUCGAGGAGCGGCACAACGUGGAAGGAGGUGAAGGCAUGGACUCGCUCUGGGAGACGUACGAGACCGAGUCGAACCGGGGUGGGGGGAAAAGCAAAGUAAAGAAGGGGAAGAAGGGGAACCGGCUUGAGUACGGCUGCAGCGAUGACGAGGAGGAUGGAGAGGCGGAUGGGCAGUUGUGCUGCCUACAGGCUCUGAAAUUCUCAGCAGGGAAGAUGAAUUUGGGAAUGGGAAGGCCUAAUCUUGUGAAGAUAACCAAGGCCCUGAAAGGGAUUGGAUGGUUGCACCAUGUGGGCAGGCACGGCAAGAAGGGAUAGUGCCGAUAUGGAGCAUUACAUUUGACUUGUGAUAGUUGGGCAUAGAGUGUGCGUCCUUGUUUAAGAAAUCAAAAGUAAAUAUUAUCUUUUUGCGUUAUGAAACAUUAUUUUCUUUCCUUCA